AUGCUGGAGAAACUUGAUCUAGAAGAUGAAGGUAAGCCUCUUUGCAAACUUUUUGGACAUUUAUUUUCAACUAGUAGAUCCGCAAACCCAUUCAUAACCUUUAUUAUGCCAAUUGACAAGGUAAUGCGUCAGCCAAAUUGAUCUGUGAAUGAUCUAUGAUAUCUAUGUAAUUAGCCUAAGCUACAGUUCACGAAGGCGAUGUAGCCCGUUGAUUAUUGGUCAAUUGAGAUCUCUGGAAAGUACAUGAUGCCUUCAAGUCAUAUGUCAUGCCAUCAACGCAUUUAGUGGUCAUUUUAUUUUUGGCUAACCAAUCCCACCCAUCUAAUGGAUCAUAUUCCCAUUAUUCUAGUGGUGUAGCCUGAUAAUCAAAAUAUGGCAUUUAAACAAACAAAAAAACUUUUUAGUGCAUACAUGUACUGCAUUGUGAAUAUAUCAUAGGUGGAACCGAACUAUAUACCGUCUCUGUAGCCCAUCAUGUCAAUGUAUAGAAGCUUUAGUGGAUGGGGACGAAUGUCAUUGUGAAUGUGAAAGGGAUAUGUUAGGGGGGAACUUGUUUGCUGUUAUCCCUGCUAACCUGUUGGCUGCCUCCCUCAGUCCAGCCACAAUGUGAUGUUGCAGCUUGGCAGCUGUCCCAGAGACAGUACAGCUGCAGCAUGGAUAGUGUUACCCCAUAGCUUGACAGUGGUAUGUUAAUGAGUUUAGAAUGCUGAAUCCUAGUGUUUAUACCAAAUAGCAUCUCAGCUUCGCUGUAAAUACCUGAUAAAAUCUGAAAUGCACUACAGAAGAGCUUGAACAAGGAGAUAUGAUGGUGGAUACUGACAGGGCAGUGCUAUUCUGCCUUGAAUAAGGGAGCUUCAUCUAGAUGUUUGUGAAUAUGACUGACUUCACCAGAUGUGUUUACCAUCUGACGUUAAAUGAAAUACCAAUUACAUUAAAAGUAGAACUAGAAAAAACAGCCACCAUCUACCCACCUAGGCAGCUACCCUAAACUUUACAUGGGACUGAAAUAUAAUAUGUAUGCCACUUAUCAGACGCACUUAUCCAAAGUGACUUAUAGUACAGUGAGUUCAGGUCACUUGACACGGUCUUCAACACAUUGGGCAACAUUUUCAUGUUUAAUCAGUAGCCUAUUGAGUUGACAGGUUGUCAAAUAAGAAAUGAUUAGAUGAAAGCUAUGCUGGCUAUGCCCAUUCAUAGAGGUGCUAUCUAGUGGUUGAUUACUUAAUAGUCCCCUGUAGCUCAGUUGGUAGAGCAUGGCGCUUGCAACGCCAGGGUUGUGGGUUCGUUUCCCACGGGGGGCCAGUAUGAAAAUGUAUGCACUCACUAACUGUAAGUCGCGCUGGGUAAGAGCGUCUGCUAAAUGACUAAAUGUAAAAAUGUAAUUACCUUUGGAUGGGUAGAACUGCACAGACCUGAACACUAUAAUGUUACUAUACCUUUAAUUACAGAAAAUACUUGUGAAAUUAUCAUCAUUGUACCAUUAUUACAUAACAUUCCAUUCUAAUGGAAAUAGCCUAGAUAUACUCUGUAGAGGUUUACAUAAAGGGAUCAACACCAGACAUCUGGGUUUUCACUAAAUCCUAUUUACACCAUUUGUGGGUUUUUUCCCCCAUUUUGUUUUUUAAGUUAAGCCACAAAUAUGAGACAAUCAUCAUUCAGUAGGCUGUGAGAUGGCAGGCUACUGCUGCCUUCUUUCAAUGUUGGUAAAAUGUGAAUCAUCAAGGCUCUUCAAAACAACAAACGGACCAUUCUACAGUAAUUCAAUUCUCAGCAUAGCCAACAUGGCUGCUUGCCAGAGUGUCAAGCCUGUGCUCGGGUAAAUCGAAAUACUCAGACGCUCAGAGCAGUUUUACUAGGAGAUUAUUGGGGCUGUUUAGGUGGGGGUGUGAUCGUGAGGCAAUAGCUUUGGGCAGCAGCCAUAGCCAUUGUGUUAAGGGAUUUUGGAAGUUGGUAUGUGCAUUGUGCGCUCUAUAAAAGCUCUCUGUUUGAUACCCUAACCUAUAGUGGUUUAAGUUCCGAGGUUUCCCAGAGAACACACUCUCUAUAUUUUAUUGAUAACACAAUACAUAUAAAUGCUAAAUUUUUUGGGAGGCCAUUCUGACUACAGUAGGGUUGUCUUAAACCAGGUUGAGGUAGUCUCAAUCAAAUACAUCUCGUUCCUCUCAGGUUUGUAAGGCUGCAUUCUCCUGCUGCUCUGCAUAGCAAAGGAGCAAAGUUUAACAGAGCUAUUUAGGGAUUGUUGGGUUGUGAACAUCUAGGACAAAGCAGAUGGAAGAGAGAUUAUCAUGAUUAUUAUUAGAUUCAUUUCAAGUGGCAAAACGUACAUGGAUAUACAGUUGAUUCACAUUCCUUUUUAGGCGUUGACUGUGGUUUAGCAAUGCUACAUGCGGCAUCGGGCUCGGAUCCCCGGGUUGUGAUAUGUAUGGUCCUGGGCUGUGACCAUCGGCAGAGGUGUCGACACAGCUCCUUCACCCGUCAUUAGAACCGACAGGGCGAAAGCCAUGGGAGUGGAGCUGUCGGUCUUACGCAUUGACCUGAUACACCGACACAGACAGCGAGCCGCCACAGCAGCAGACGCAGGUGUACAGACGGCACAGCAGUUAGACGGCAGCGUCGGUACAAAUCACAGGCAGAAUGUCUGGCAACGUCCAGACAAAGUAGGCCAAAUCGUCUAGACUCCUUGAGGAGACAUUUUUGGGAGGGUGAGUGGGGAGCAUGGCUGCUCCUUCCAACCACAGAACAAUCGACUGCCCUGUUGUCUCGAGAGCUUAACAAAAAAAAUAUGUUUAGUGUAUCUGAAUAGUACAGUGAGAAUUACCAUGGCAACCUGCCCUGGAGAUUGAGUCAGACUAGUCAGCAAUUAAAAAACUUCCAGUCUCUUAGUUCAUUGAAUAUACCCUUUAAAUUCAGGUCCUUUCAGAAGAAAGGCGAUAUCAGACACCGAGGAUAUCUCACACAACAAUGUAGUGGUUUUGAGAGAUUAUAUUUUGUAGCCAAAUGAAAAUGCCUGGGAAGUCAUUUUCUCCAUGUCUUCUUCAAAGAGAAUAUGGAACUGGGAUGUGCAUAGGGCAAACCAUGAAUCGGUGCAUCCCUUUGACCUUCUCAUUACUGGUCAAGGCAUCAGGAUUUCCAUUGUUGUUCCAUUCCUAGUAUUUUGUUUAUUAAUGAUUUCCAGGUAGAACAUUGAAUUAAUGCUUGUGCAUAUAUGUGCUUUACUUUCAGCUGUUGAAGAAUCCGAAAGUGAUAUCUACAUGCGCUUUAUGAAGUCACACAAGUGCUACGACAUUGUUCCUACCAGCUCUAAGCUUGUGGUUUUUGACACUACUCUGCAGGUAAGUGCUCUGUCUAUUGAACAUCUCAUACUGUAUAAAGACUUCUGUCGCAAAACAUUGUUCUGUAGUCCCGCCUGCUAAUAAUGUUCUAUCUAGACAGGUGGUCAAUAGCAACAUUUUGUAUUUGUUGUUUUAUCGACUGUAGUAACUUUAAACGCAAUUGCGUCAUGGCUUGAGCCAUGAUACUAUGUCUCCGGUUACUAAUUGAUCUGCUUUGUUAAACAUGUAAUCUCCGUUAUGGUCUUGUGUUGGAAAGUGGUACAAAUGUCUUUAUGGAGUAUUUAACUGCAGCACAAAAAUGAGCUGGAGACUUACUCCUCUGGCCAGAAUAGACUAUUAUGAUAUCCUCUCUGUGAUUGGAAGGCAUCUUAAGUCUAUUUCAGUUCCUCUUUCUUGAAGAUUGUCACACAUUAAAACCCCUAGUAAUCUCUCCCACUGUUUUAUCUUCAAAAGCACCAGCUAGAAAAAUGUGCGACCUUGUGACUCGAUAGGCAUCUGCAAUUAAAAUGCUCUAUAUUUUAAUCCAGAGAAGUGUUAUCUCUGAUCCACCAUGUCUCUUGGGGGUCUGAUCCCUCCAUGGUUAGAACACACUACACUUCAGUCUACAGAGAUGUCAGUGAAAACAAGGAAGCAGUAAGAAGGCUUUAAUGAAACGGCUACAGUCCAGCAGUCACAACAAUGGAGAAGAUCAACAAACACAACCGUCCCCAACACCUCAGUCAACCAGCUUGAACCUGUUCUUCAUUAAACAUCAAACCACAACUAUUACAGCAGACAGUGACCUUUGAUCAGUGCGCCAGUCACAACAAUGCAAUAUAUAUAUAUAUUUGUCUAGUACACCAGGCCCUGUCUCGACAUCACAGUUCAAUCAGAGCGCAACUUUGUAUUUUUGUAAACUUUUUAUUUUGUUUUACUUUCAUACUGUUGUGAUGUAUUUUCCCAAAACCCUUCUCUUAUGUACAGCCAAAUGAACUGUAAACGUGUUACUGAUAUUACAUGGGAAAGAGUAAAAACCCACUGAAGGUGUUGUAGUUUCCGCCAUCUUCAAAGACUUCCCUGUUAGCACUGAGCUGGGCGUAGACACUGUCUCCCACCUCCAGCUCCACUACGGCUGCAUUGCUGGCGAAGUCUUGUGCAGGUCCGGAACCAACGUCCCACGAGGACACAAGCAUCUGGCUGUUCUUCCUCAAAGACACGACAGCAUUGGCGUUUCCACUGUAGAACAUGGUGUAGCGGAAAUAGUACACUCCUUUGACCAUGGCUGUGAAGACACCUGUAGCAGGGUUGUAUCCACUGCCGAAGUUGGAGAAGACUCUUUUGUACUGUAAGGGUAUGUCAGUGGUGAAGGGUCCGAUGUUCCCAGAACCAGACGUUCUUAGUGCUGCAGAGAAGGCCACCUUUGGCUGACCAGCUGCUAUGUCCUUCUUUAAUGUCUUCAGUUCUUCUUCCUGAGCUUUGUUUGUACUUUUCAGUUCAUCCACCUGGCUCACGCUGGCUUGUAGCCUGGUCUCCACAGCUACUAGUUUCUGGUCCAUGGUUCCUAGUUUCUCCUUCAGGACAGCCAGCUCUCUGAUAAAGGAGCAGGUGUCAGGCACACAGUAAGACAAACUGGUCCCCGCCUGGUCCCCCUCACCUUGUGCCCCAGACAGUGUGAGGCACAGAGACAGUAUUAGUAGGACGACAACUCCCUUCAUUCUUAAAACCUUUUCUUGUCAAGACAGGUCAGUUCUGUGUAGUCUUUUAGCUUGCGUAGUUCUCUUUAUAUGUCAAGUUUUAUAGAGGGUUUGGCAGGAAAAGUUGAAGUCUUCAGGAACUCUCUGCAGCCAAUGAGGGGGUUAUUUUUCUUUAUAUAGGGAAUGUAUUUGGCAUGUGGAUAAGGAAACUAAGAUAGGAAAAUAGGCCGUCCCUCCCCCUUACUGGAAUAUACUUUUAUUAUUGGUUGGAUAAGUGGUCAGUCCUUGCCAGGGUUGAGAAAUAUCAGAAACUUUGCCGAAGUUCCAGAAUUGUCAAAAACAAUGUUUCCCGUAAAUUGAUGGAAAACAUUGUGAAUUCAUUAUUUAAUGUUUUUCUGGAGGACAACUUUAUUAGGCUAUUUUAUCAAGAACAAAAAAACGUGACUAUACAGUCCACUGUACACACAGUAUACAGUUGACUUUGACAUGUGGAUUAGGAAACUAAGAUAGGAAAACAGGCCGUCCCUCCCCCUUACUGGAAUAUAAAAAAAUUUAAUGAUUGGAAAAUAGGUCAGCCCUAUAGCUCUGAUCACAUCCAAGUUGUGACUGCUAGUAGUUGCUUAUCCGAUUCCCAAUCUUUAAUUGAAUGCUUGUCCAGACCAGCAGCCCAGAACAAUGGAAGAUUAAAGUUUCCAUGUGAAGGCUAAAGAAACCUUCUCAUUAUGGCUCCACGGCCUCAUUAAACUUUAAUGUCUUAAGAUUACGCUUUUACAAAUGCCAAAAGAAAAGCAGUGACGCUCUCAUAAAUGUUUUACAUUGCCUGGAGACAAUGGGGUUUAAUAGCAUGCUUGUGUGUUCAUUUCCAGACAGUUAGCAUUGGAGAUGAAUGCCUCACAGCCUUUUAAAAAUUCAAUUUGAGAGACAACCAUGCAUUUGUCUUUGUAGUGGGAUAUUAUCAUCUGUGGUUUCACUUUGCGGUGUCAUGGUUUUAAGUCAUUUAGUGUCUUGGGAUGUGCAGUACAAUGAUAUGAUAUCAGUAGGAUUACGAUAUUGCCAGUUACCUGCUUCCCCGGUUGAGCUCUUCACAAUGAAUGCCCAUGGGAAUUCAUUCUAAUGAGGAAAUGGUAUCUGUUCAGCAUGUCUACACAAGCCCCUUACGACUUUACGUAGUUAUUUUACCCCCAGCUGAGGUGAAUGGAGUCAUGGUACAGUAUGCAUCCAGUCAGUCAGGUAGAUGUGACUCUGGCUUAGAUAUACAAAGAUCUAAACUAGAAUCUUUGAUUAUAUACCAUCUUGAAUGAGGACUCCUGUUCUAUUCAUUCUAUUUCUUUGCAUUUAAUUCUAUCCGAUAGCUGAAUUCCGGAUAGAUAACCUUUGAAAAACUGGGCCCAGGGGGCAUUAUUCUCAUAAUGAAAGUAGAUAGAUGGAAAGAUUAGAUACUCAAUGGUCCUGAGAGGGAAAUUGUUUCCGCUGCCUGUUGGUUACAGAGAACAAAAGUCAAACCACCAGAACAACACACAGCAGUAUUCUUUUUUUGUGAAGAAACGCCACAGUACUGUGUACCUGCCCCCAGUUAACAGGUCCUUGGUAGCCUACAUCUAACCACACAGUGGCUAGCGGUAAUGGGGAGGAAGCCGUGAGUGCUAACUGACAGACAGACACAGCCAGGGAGGUGUGAUGAAACCCUGCCCUGCCCAGAAACACACUCUUUAGGGGGGAUAUGCUGUGUUGACUGACCCACCUACUGGGAGCUUGGUAGGCAGAGGGGGCUGGGAAGUGGUGGAAAACGCUGCUCUAUUCCACCCACAUUAUAAAAUACCUGUUUAGAAAGUAUUGUAAAAAUAUUGUUGUUUGUUCUUUUUGCCUGUAGGUAAAAAAGGCCUUCUUCGCCUUGGUUGCCAACGGGGUGCGGGCAGCCCCACUAUGGGAGACUAAGAAGCAGAGCUUUGUUGGUAAGUGGAAAAAGUUUAGUUUUUUCCAGUCGAAGGUUACUGUAUUAUUUUCCAUACAUAGUGAACAGAAUGGAACCAAAUCAACUUCUUAGGGAGAAAUUGUCAGUCUGGGAAGAGGGAAAGAUGAGGGUAUCACAACUAUAAAGAAGAGGGGAGGUAUAGAAACUGAGAGGUGAUGAGGAAAGUAGAUCAAAUUAUAUACUCUGUCCAAAAUAGAAAAUGUGGGUGUCCCCGCCAUAGUCGUCCCCUCUGAAACGGAGCCCUGCCUCCUUGGCUUUUUAAAAACCUGUUAUGACAGUCGUGUUCCUUCACAAAGACGUCCUGCUGGGCUGGCCUGUUCCCUCCCACAGCAGCACAGGGUUCCUGUGACUCACCAGUCUGUCUCAGGAGCACUGAGGAGAACUCAGUCAGUCUUAAAGGAACACGGGCAGUACAGUGGAAGAGUUGUGCAGGAGGACACAGCACAGGGAACACUGUGUCCAAUGGUUUCACUUUCCACUGCGGGAGGGCACUGGUGACCUGUGUUCACACACAUAUUGAAAUCAGUCACACACAUCCAGUACAUCCAGGAGAUGCACUGAAAAUUAUGUAACACAGGAAUCUCUCUCUAGCCUAAAUCUGUUGGAUCACUCAGACAUCAUGGCAAGCAACAUCCAUAAUACCCUCCCCCCUAAUAUAAUCAUUGCCUCGUCUCUUUUUCCCCCCAUAAAAUCCCCAGUCCCCUCGUCCUUAGACCCCCCCCCCACCCCACUUUUAUGUUUAUGCUAUCCCUCCCUUCUACCCAUCCUCUUAGUAACGCUUCCAUCUUUGCACUGUACGUCCCUCUCCUCAUCCCCCUCCCCCCUUUCUGUCUCUGCUCUAUCCAUCUUUUCUCUCUCUCCCUCAUGCACUCGUUCCUCUCCUCCUCUCCUCUGCCUCCUUAACCUUUAAAUUACGCUUUGCUCCAUUUCUCUCCAUCCUUUCAGUCGGCUCUCUCUUCCCUCCAUUUUGACUCCUCAUCCCCUCUCCUUCCCCUCAAGAGGCGGGCUCCUCUCGUCUCCUCUCCUUGUAUCUGGGCCAGCGUCAUGGAGACUGCUAUAAAUACUGUUCUCUCUCCUCUCUAGCCGGCUCUGAGAGCAGACACAGACAGGCAGACCAUUUAUAAUGAGCCAUGGGCUACCAUUCACUAGUGCUAAUUUGAGAUGGCAGCAAUUGACACAAUAGUGUAUUCUUACCGUAUUGGUCUAUAUGUUUUUCAACAAUGGAAUCAAGGAUACAUUGAACAAUAAUGCUAUGUGCCCACCUAUGGUUAGGGGACAUCCAUAUUGUGUAACUGUCCCGGCUGCAUCACUAGGAUGUGACUGUAGAGCCUGAUGUCUCCCUGGAGCCUCACACACACAUUUUUUAUUUAACUAGGUAAGUCAGUUAAGAACAAAUUCUUAUUUAUAAUGACGGCCUACCAAAAGGCCUCCUGCUGGGACGGGGGCUGGGAUUAAACAAAUAAAUAUAUAUAAAUAUAGGACCAAACACACAUCACAACAAGCGAGACAACACUACAUAAAGAGAGACCUAAGACAACAACAUAGCAUGGCAGCAACACAUGACAACACAGCAUGGUAGCAACCCAACAUGGUAGCAACACAACAUGGCAGCAGCACAAGACAUGGUACAAACAUUAUUGGGCGCAGACAACAGCACAAAGGGCAAGAAGGUAGAGACAACAAUACAUCACGCGAAGCAGCCACAACUGUCAGUAAGAGUGUCCAUGAUUGAGUCUUUGAAUGAAGAGAUGGAGUUAAAACUGUCCAGUUUGAGUGUUUUUUGCAGCUCAUUCCAGUCGCUAUCUGCAGUGAACUGGAAAGAGAAGCGACACAGGGAUGUGUGUGCUUUGGGGACCUUUAACAGAAUGUGACUGGCAGAACGGGUGUUGUAUAUGGAGGAUGAGGGCUGCAGUAGGUAUCUCAGAUAGGGGGGAGUGAGGCCUAAGAGGGUUUUAUAAAUAAGCAUCAACCUGUGGGUCUUGCGCCGGGUAUACAGAGAUGACCAGCUUACAGAGGAGUAUAGAGUGCAGUGAUGUGUCCUAUAAGGAGCAUUGGUGGCAAAUCUGAUGGCUGAAUGAUAAAGAACAUCUAGCCGCUCGAGAGCACCCUUACCUGCCGAUCUAUAAAUUACGUCUCCGUAAUCUAGCAUGGGUAGAAUGGUCAUCUGAAUCAGGGUUAGUUUGGCAGCUGGGGUGAAAGAGGAGUGAUUACGAUAGAGGAAACCAAAUCUAGAUUUAACCUUAGCCUACAGCUUUGAUAUGUACUGAGAGAAGGACAGUGUACCGUCUAGCCAUACUCCCAAGUACAUGUAUAAGGCGACUACCUCAAGCUCUAAACCCUCAGAGGUAGUAAUCACACCGGUGGGGAGAGGGGCAUUCUUCUUACCAAACCACAUUACCUUUGUUUUGGAGGUGUUCCAAACAAGGUUAAGGGCAGGGAAAGCUUGAUGGAAACUAAGAAAGCUUUGUUGUAGAGUGUUUAACACAAAAUCCGGGGAGGGGCCAGCUGAGUAUAAGACUGUAUCAUCUGCAUAUAAAUGGAUGAGAGAGCUUCCUACUGCCUGAGGUAUGUUGUUGAUGUAAAGUGAGAAGAGCGUGGGGCCUAGGAUCGAGCCUUGGGGUACUGCCUUGGUGACACGCAGUGGCUGAGACAGCAGAUGUUCGGACUUUAUACACUGCCCUCUUUGAGAGAGGUAGUUAGCAAACCAGGCCAAAGACCCCUCAGAGACACCAAUACUCCUUAGCCGGCCGACAAGGAUGGAAUGGUCUACCGUAUCAAAAGCUUUGGCCAAGUCAAUAAAAAUAGCAGCACAACAUUACUUAGAAUCAAGGGCAAUGGUGACAUCGUUUAGGACUUUUAAGGUUGCAGUGACACAUCCAUAACCUGAGCGGAAACCAGAUUGCAUACCAGAGAGAAUACUAUAGACAUAAAAAAAGCCAGUCAGUUGAUUAUUGACACGUUUUUCCAACACUUUUGAUAAACAGGGCCAAUAACAGUUAGGAUCAGCUUGAUCUUCCCCUUUUAAAUAAAGGAUGCACUGUGGCUGCCUUCCAGGCAAUGGGAACCUCCCCAGAGAGGAGAGACAGGUUAAAAAGGUCAGAGACAGGCUUGGCGAUGAUAGGGGCUGCAACCUUAAAGAAGAAAGGGUCUAAACGAUCUGACCCAGAUAGUUUUUUUGGUGUCAAGUUUAAGGAGCUCCUUUAGCACCUCGUACUCUGAACGCCUGCAGGGAGAAACUUUGUAGGGGAAAAAGAGGGAGGAGCAUCGGGGCUGGUCGCAUUAGAAGGACUGGGAGAUGAGGAAAUGUUGGACGGGCAAGGAGGCAUGGCUGAGUCAGUCCUGACUUAAUGAAGUGGUGAUUAAAGAGCUCAGCCAUGUGCUCUUUGUCAGUAACAACCACAUCAUCAACAUUAAUGAGCAUUAACGGCUGUGAGGAGGAGGGUUUAUUCUCCAGGUCUUUAACCGUUUUCCAGAACUUCUUGGGGUUAGACCCACAGAGAGAGAACUGCUCCUUAAAGUAACUAGCUUUAGCCUUCCGGAUAGCCUGAGUGCACUUAUUUCUCAUUUGUCUGAACGUCAGCCUGCGUAAGCGUGUGCCGAGCCUUUUGCCAAAUGGAAUUCUUGAGGUGGAGUAACUCUGCCAGAUCACGUCGAACCAGGGGCUGAACCUGUUUUUAAUUAUUUUUUACAUAAAAAAUCAAGCCCACUUGUCCACUCAACUGAGAGAGCGAGAGAGAAAGACUGUGUGAGUGUAUGACACGCACAGAUGGGCUUUACUAAGAAUCAAGCCCUCUCUGUUCCACUCCACUGUUCCGUCUCACCCCUAGGCUAUACUGACCUCAAUGAGGAGGGUGUGUGGUGUGUAGAGAGAGAAUGUCCCAUCUAAAUAAGCCCAUCUAUUUCACUCUCUCUCUCCCUAUCCUCUCCCUAUCCUCUCCUUAUCCCUUAUCCUCUCCCUAUCCCUUAUCCUCUCCCUAUCCUCUCCUUAUCCCUUAUGCUCUCCCUUAUCCCCUCCCUAUCCCAUAUCCUCUCCCUAUCCUCUCCCUAUCCUAUCCCUUAUCCUCUCCCUAUCCCAUAUCCUCUCCCUAUCCCUUAUCCCCUCCCUAUCCCUUAUCCCCUCCUAUCCUAUCCCUUAUCCUCUCCCUAUCCUCUCCUUAUCAUCUCCCUAUCCCUUAUCCUCUCCCUAUCCCCUAUCCUCUACCUAUCCCAUAUCCUCUCCCUAUCCCAUAUCCUCUCCCUAUCCCUUAUCCCCUCCCUAUCCCUUAUCCCCUCCCUAUCCUUCCAUAUCACCCAUCCCUAUCCCUUCUCCCUUCCCCUAUCCCUCCCUAUCCGCUCCCUCUCCCUUAUUCCCUCCCCUAUCCUCUCCCUAUCCCUUAUCCCCUCCCCUAUCCUCUCCCUAUCCCCCUCUCCCUGUCCCCUAUCCUCUCCCUAUCCCCCUCUCCCUAUCUCACACAUUGCUCUUCGGUUCCACCUGUCCCUCCCUCCCUCUCCGCUGCUCCUCUCUUCUUUCUUUUGUCUCUCUCUGUCAGUACCAGUGAGUGUAUGUGCUUGGACAAAUCCAACACCUGUGCAACGUGAAUAAUCACUGCAAUUAACAAGACCACUCCUCCUUUUUCCCUCUCUCCCUCCAUCUCUCCCGCUCUCUCUCUUCAGGAAUGUUAACCAUCACAGACUUCAUCAACAUCCUCCACAGAUACUACAAGUCUCCCAUGGUACGUGACCCCUCAUCAGACAGAUCCGAAUGAGUUCUGGGUCAUGUUCAUUAGGGCAAUGGAAACAAUGUACAAAUAUUUUCAGACGGAAAACCAAAAUGAGUGUUUUCUCAUUGAGCAAGUCCAGGUAGUCCCUCCCAGUUUCAGUCCAUACUACUGAACACGACUGUGGUUUGAAAUGGUUUGACUGUAUGGCUUCGGCUUCCUAUUGUCACCACAGCCAGCGAUGUGAACUGACUGGACAGCAGUGAUGCAGUGGGAGGCUGGGAGCUUAAACAACGCCUCCAUCUCAGGCACUGUAUGUUCUGUGUCAUGGAGCUUUACAGGCAGAGUGGAGAGAGACGUCAUCAUUAAUCAUCAGGUCACGAGAAGUUGGUGCUUCUGCAGCGCUGUCUCUCUGUUCUGACCCAGGGCUUACACAUUUUGCCCUGUACAUAUUUCACACAUACACACACACCACUCCCUCUCACUCGCUCUUUACUGUCUCUCAAACCAGCUCACCCACACUUCCCCACCCACACUGAUUAUAGUCAAGUAUAGCACACACACACACUGAACUCUCUCACACUCACUACAGCAGAUGUGCCAACCAGCUGACUGCAGUAGGCGGUAGUGUAAAUACCCUGCAUUGCUCAGCUCAGCUGUGUUGUGUAAUGAGAGCCACUUCUGUGUAGCUGUUUUCUAGGAGUUCUCCCUGGUACAGCUAAAGCUUAACUCCAUAACAGCAGAGUGCAGUAUUAUCAUAUUUUUUUCAAGAGAGGCCUGGUCAAAAUAGCAGCACAAACAGUUACGGACAAUGACCAAUGAUUUUCAGUUGGAAAAUACAUUUGACAUAGCAUGAAUUAAUAGUAAAAAAUAAAAUGUGUCGGUCAUAAUGUAAUUUGACUCAAUGGAAGCAUUGUCAGUGGUGAGAGUAGGGAGUUUCGGUGCUCCAGUGUUACCUGAGUGGUCACUCCUGCAUAUUACACACAUUAUAGAAAGCCCAGCUAGUGAGGCUAGCUCUCUUGGGAUAUUCUCUGGCCCAAAUACUCAUUGGUAUUUAUUAGGCCAGGAGACGGUGACAUAGUGUGUCGUCACCCUAAUGGCUAUUAUUAGAGAUAAUCCAUAGUCAAGAACAACCAAUGCAGUGAAGCGUUUGUCAAUCCUUCCAUAUCAUAUUCAUGAGGAACUAGUUAGUGCCUCUGUUAUUGGCUAAGACUGAGAGAUCACUCAGAGAUAGUGUUGCCAAAUUCCGGUAUCUUUCCAAAAAUUGCCAGGUUUUCCAUAAAUCCCAGGUAUCCUCCAACUGGGAUUUAUGGAAAACCUGGGAAUUUUGUAAAAGAUACCUGAAUUUUGCAACCCUACUCAGAGAUGAGUCACUGUUCCUCUAGUCUGGACUGACAGACGAGUGGGCUGCCCAACGGCCUUUAGUUUGUUUGUGGACUUUUGGAGUGAGUUUGUGGUCAAGCUGACACGCACACACGCACACGCACACACACACACACACACACACACUCCAAGUCCUGGAUCAGUAAUUUUAUGAUUGUGAAUGCGAUGUGGCUGUUGUUUACAGAAGAACAGAAAAGGCCUUUGACUAUUGUAUUCUAAUUCUCUCUACUUCGUCUGCCUAAGGGUACUUAAAGAGCCGAUAGAGCUCAUAGGCCAUUUGGUCUGUCCUCCAUCCACCUCGCUAGUCUGUCACACAACCACUCUAAAGAAAAAAAGCUUCAACGACACGCAUUACCUAGCAAAUCCCCAGCUGUUCAUAUUCGCCUCAUGGGCUCAAUGUAGCCAUGGGUACCAUAGAAAAGGCCUUUGUUUUUGUAAUGAAGUCAUUGAGGACCUACUACUCUCUCCCUCCCCCCCCUUCCUUUCUUUGCUGUUGUUAUUCAUUAGCAGCGGUUCUCAUAACUGUCUUGUUUUACAUCAGAGAGUUCUGAGGUGGACCCGAUUUGAGACCCCUCUAGGGAACCUUCCAUAUCAGACUUAUGCAUAUUGAUGAGGAAAUAGUCAGUGCCUCUGUCUUUGGCUGAGCGAUAACUCGGAGAUAGCGGUGCCAAAUUUUGGUAACUUUCCCACCUGUUUGAUUUUUCAUGACGUCAUGUGUUUUUUUUCUCUUGAGAGAAUUGCUGUGAUUUAUAUAUUUAUUAAGUUAUAAUUCUAACAAAAACAUUCUAAAUGUAAUACUAUCUGCCACGUUUAAAUCAUGGAAAGAAUGUUAAACAUCACUAAUUGUUGAAUGUUCUGUCUUAUAGGUACAAAUCUAUGAGCUGGAGGAACAUAAGAUUGAAACAUGGAGAGGUAUGGGGACUUUCCAGCAACUUUCCAGUUUCAAAACAACCCAUUUUAUCAGUUGUUCAACAGAUGAUAAAGAAAUUGAUUUGAUAGUUUGAUGCUUUUUGUUCUUCCUGUUUCUGUCCUGUAGAGCUCUACCUACAAGAAACCUUUAAGCCGUUAGUGAACAUAUCACCCGAUGCAAGGUGAGCCUGUUCCGCAUUUCUUAUACAUGUCACCUGCAUUUCAUAUGUCUUUAUUUUAUGAUGGAAGUUCAAAUAAAACACAUUUAUGUUGGGGUGAAAUUAACCUGCAGAUCUAUGAACAGGAUAGCAAUGAUCCGUUCAUGAUUAACUUACAGUAUACAGCCCAUUGGGAGCGCUUUGCUCAUCAUUACAUAGAGGGACUUCCAUUGGGUUUAAUCAGUCCAUUAUACGAACAGUCCAUAUUCAUCUCAGUUGAUUGAGUAAUCUAAUGUGAAAUCUAAUUUGUCUUCUUUUUUUUUUUUUCACAUCAUAGUCAUAAACUUAGAAUUGUAUUUCUAUGGUCAUAAGCACUGCAAAUUAGCCUGGCUUCCUCACUCAGUUUAGAAUUUACAGGUAGCGUUGUAGGUAGUAAUUUACUGUCAAUAUGCUCUCCCAGGUGGAGUUUCAUGUAUGUUGUACGUUCCCUAGAUUUCUGGGAAAAGGUCUGGUGCUUUCCCCUCGUAUUGUUGUUCCCUGCUCUGCGACACAGAGACUUUCCCAUCGUUUAUUUCCUUCACUCUGAAUAAUUCAAGGUCCAUUUCGUGAAAAGACAUACGGGCCAGACUCUUAAAAACCCCUCUGCUUAAAAUACCACCUAGGGUACUCGACUACUGCAUCAUCUCAGGUUAACCAACAAAUGCCUCUGGUUUGGGUUCUGGCUCCUUUUUUGGAGAACACCAGCGUCAUUGAAUUGCUUAAUGACUGAUUCAGCUGUCUUCAUGGUUUGGUUUUCUGAUAGAGUAUUUGGUUUGAGUCUGUGAAGGAGAGAUGGAAGGAGAGCAACGGGGAGAGAGAAUGAGAGCACAACUUUUUGCCUUCCUAGUUAGCCCCUUGAUUCUGAUGACUUCCUGUGUGAUUCCUGGUCUAAUGCGUAUGGAUACUUUGUGUUUGCACAUCAUCUGGUCAAUUUGCUUGAGCCUUUCGCUGAAUCAGGUCCACUUAGUGUUUUAUGGCGCCUCUGUUAGGUACUGUAGCAUUUCAAUGCAGUACUUAAAAAGGUAGCCUAGACUGUGAACCUGUUUUUCUGGAGACUCGACCACAACGUGCUGUUUUAAAGAUGGAGACGAUUGAUGGAGAGAGAGUCAAUGUAUCAACACCCUCUGUCUUGAGUGCUUUAUUGGCAAAGACAGGUUGUCUGUGUUAUUUUACCCAAUCUUCUCUUGAUCCCCCCCCCCCUCUCAGCAUAUUCGAUGCGGUGUACUCGCUCAUCAAGAACAAGAUCCACCGGCUGCCCGUCAUCGACCCAGUCAGCGGCAACGCACUUUAUAUCCUCACGCACAAGAGGAUCCUCAAGUUCCUCCAGCUCUUCGUAAGUCAAUCUGGAUGGAUGAAGCAUGGGCUCUCUUAUAGCAAUAAACACACAGUGGGUGGGAACUUAAGAGCAUGCUGCCCCCUGUUGGAUCUCUGCGGGAUUGAAGGUAACACACUCUGGAAGCGGGAAAAUCGAGGGGAAGGAUGUGAUGAGAGAAAGAAAAGGAGGAAACCUACAAAGGCAGGAUGAGGAAAGGAUAGAGAGGCUGUCCUUAUCUGAUUCAGGAGAGGAUUAGUUUAAUCCAGGGGUGUCAAACUCAUUCCAUGGAGGCCCUAGUGUCUUUCAAUUAAGACCUAGACGACCAGGUGAGGGGAGUUCCUUACUAAUUAGUGACCUUAAUUCAUCAGUCAAGUACAAUGGAGGAGCGAAAACCCGCAGACACUCGGCCCUCUGUGGAAUGAGUUUGACACGUGGUUUAUUCUAUCUGACUUGCCUGGGAUGAUCUCAAGUCUAGCGAUGAGAAUGUAACGACUAUAUAAUGUAGUUACCAGUUUCAAAUCCAUUUAUUCAGGAAAUGAUUUUAAAUUCAUUCAAUCGGUUCGACUGCUGGAAUUCAAGGAGGAUUCCUUAAAUUCCUAUGAAUUUAAUUCAAUUUAGUUGAAAUGACUGAAUUGGUUGCGUUAAGGUAGUACUGAAGCAGGUUGCUGGAUAGAGAAGCAGUCUUGUCUAGGUGAAGGUGUCUGACCUGUAGAAGUGAGUGUGAAAUGUAAACCAUCUCUGCAUAAUAAAGUAGACCACAGGAAAGACGUUAGGAAAUAUGAACCUACUUGACAUCCGUCUGUCGCGGGUUAGGAGAAGGUGAAAGGAGAUACCUAGUCAGUUGCACAACUGAAUGCAUUCAACUAAAAUGUGUCUUCCGCGUUUAACCCAACCCCUCUGAAUCAGAGCGGUGCGGUUGGCAGCCUUAAUCGACAUGCACGUCAUCGGUGACCAAGGAGCAGUUGUUGUUGGGGGUUAAUUACCCUGCUCAAGGGCAGAAAGGCAGAUUUUUUUCCCACCUUGCCGGCUCGGGGAUUCGAACCAGUGACCUUUUGGUUACUGACCUAACGCUCUUAACUGCUAGGCUACCUGCCGCACUAAGAAGUGAUAGACCAGAGGUGAUUGCACACACACAGGAAUAGACAGACAGAAUACAAGACCGACAGACGGACAUAGAGAAUAUGAGACAGAUGGACUGAAAAAAAGACAGACAUUCAUGGUAAUAUGAGCAGGGCACGCACGAAGGUCAGACAAACCAGACAGACAUAUCAAAAAUGGGACCGGUAGACUGAUAGAAAGACAGUGCUGACACACUACAUUAGACAGUCAAAUGGAGGUGAAACCAGUUUAGUCCUAAAGUGUCCUGUAUCUCAAGUUCAUGUUCAUUAGGUCACGCAACGAAAAACCUAUUACAACAUUUCGAAAAGUGUUUCUCAUUGGACAUGUCCAGGUAGUUCUGCCAGGUUUGUCUGUUUUCUAACAUUUCCAAACGUUUUCUCCCAGGUGUGUGAGAUGCCUAAGCCUGCCUUUAUGAAGCAGACCUUGGAGGAACUAACCAUUGGGACCUACCACAACAUCGCCUUCAUCCACCCUGACACACCCAUCAUCAAGGCCCUCAAUAUCUUUGUGGACCGGAGGGUGUCCGCACUGCCUGUGGUGGAUGAGUCAGGUGUGUGUGGAAAGGCUGAGUGUGUGUGUGCGUGCGCGCGCUUCAGGCUGAGCAAACGUGGUAGUGUAUUUGUAUUUAUUAGGGAUCCCCAUUAGUUCCUGCCAAAGCAGCAGCUACUCUUCCUGGGUUCCAAACACAUUAAGGCACUUACAUCACACAUAAAAUAAAAUAUAAAACAUUAUAUCAUAUAACAUUAUUACACCACUACAUAUCGACAAUACAACAUUUAUAAUACCACCAUACAACAAUAUUACAAUGUACGUGUGUGUAGAGUGCGUGUGCUAGCGUGUGUGUGUCUCUUCACAGUCCGCGUUGUUCCAAAAGGUGUAGUUUUUAUCUGAUUUUACUGCUUGCAUGAGUUACUUGAUGUGGAAUAGAAUUCCAUGUAGUCAUGGCUCUAUGUAGUACUAUGCAUUUCCUGGAGUCUGUUCUGGACUUGGGGACUGUGAAGAGACGUCUUGUGGGGUAUGCAUGGGUCUCUGCAUGUCAUUGAUGUUAGCUCUCCAUGUACAUUUAAGGGCGAGCUGUGCUGCUCUGUUCUGGGCCAACUGUAAUUUGCCUAUGUCCCUCAUUUUUGCACUUGACCAUAUGACUGGGCUGUAGUCCAGGUGCGACAAAACUAGGGCCUGUAGGACUUGUUUUGUUGAUAGCAAUGUCAAGAAAGCAGAGCAACACUUUAUUACGGACAGACCUCUCCUCAUGUUCGCUACCGUUGCAUCAAUAUGUUUUGACCUUGUCCGUUUACAAUCCAGGGUCACACCAAGCAGUUUAGUCUCAACCUGCUCAAUUUCCACAUUAUUCAUUACAAGAUUUAGUUGAGGUUUAGGGAAUGGUUUGUCCCAAAUAGAAUGCUUUUAGUUUUUGAAAUAUUAGUACUAGCUUUUUACUUUAAGUGUUGCAGUGAUUUCACUUGCUGUGGUAGCUAAUAUUGAGUCAUCAGCAUACAUAGACACAGGCUUUACUCAGUGCCAGUGGCAGGUCAUUAGUAAAGAUUGAAAAAAGUAAAGGGCCUAGACAGCUGCCCUGGGAAAUUCCUGAUUCUACCUGGACUAUGUUGGAGAGGCUUCCGUUAAAGAACACCCUCUGUGUUCUGUUAGACAGGUAACUCUUUAUCCACAAUAUAGCAGGGGUUGUAAAGCCAUAACCCAAGUUUUUCCAGCAGCAGAUUACGAUCGAUAAUAUCAAAAGCUGCACUGGAGUCUAACAAAACAGCUUCCACAAGCUGACUAUUAUCAAUUUAUUUCAGCCUUAUCAGUCAUUUAUGUAAGUGCUGUACAUGUUGAGUGUAUGGUUUUAGUGAAGUUGGAUUCUGAAUCUCUUUUGGUUUUGAUCUUUUCAGGAAAAGUAGUGGAUAUCUAUUCCAAGUUUGAUGUCAUUGUAAGUAAUCCCUUUUUUCUUUAUUUUUUGUAUCCCUUUCCUUAACACUUCAUCAAACACCUGUUUAAAAAGUUGAUUAAGUUGUUGAUUAAUAUUUAUUAUCAUAAGUGAACAUUCAGUUGUUUGUCUUUGCUGUGUGUAGAACCUUGCUGCUGAGAAGACCUACAACAACCUGGACAUCACAGUGACCCAGGCUCUGAGGCAUCGCUCGCAGUACUUUGAGGGCGUCAUGAAGUGCAACCGGCUCGAGACACUGGAGACCAUCGUGGACAGGAUAGUCAAAGCAGAGGUGAGAUUGACUGACACCACACACACACACACACACACACACACACACACACAACUGACCUUCAAAACCCUCUCCUGUCACAGUCUCAGAUAUGGUAGCCUAAUAAUACUACUAAUACUAAUAAUAAGCACCCUCUCCUUUUCUUUUGUUUGCUCCCCCUUUUCCCCCCUCGCCUCCUUUUCACUUGUCCUCUUCCCCUUUCUCUUCCCCUCCUGCUCCUUUUCACCCCCCCCCCCCCUUUUCCCCCUCGCCUCCUCUCUCGUCCCCAGGUGCACAGACUGGUGGUGGUGGAUGAGAAUGCCCGGAUCGUGGGCAUUGUGUCCCUGUCGGACAUCCUACAGGCCCUGGUGCUCACCCCCGCAGGUAUAAACACCCAGCGUUCCUCCUAAUCUUUUUUUUUAACGCCACCCUGUCCUGUCCUGUCCCGUCCUGUCUCCACCCCCCCACGAUGGGGCUGGCUCCCAUCACCGGAAUGGUAUGAACCAGCCUUGUGUCAAUACAUGCUGUAUGUUGAAUGCUUUCAGAUACUUGAGCUGCACUUCAUUUAGUUUACCCGGUACAAUGGAACCUUUUGAAUAGUCCCAAAACUCCCAAGCCAUAUCAAGCGCACCUCAAAUGUGUAAAGUAUUUGACUCAUGUGUUUUAACCCAGGUCUAGUCUGGGUUGACUGAGGCUGUGGGAUGUGACUGUGGUUUUUCUCUGGGGUAUUGGAGCAUGCUGGAUGAAGGUACUGACAAGGGGACCACGCUACAUGGAAUACACAGGGUGUGCUUGCUCACACAUAAUCAAGCUUGUGUGUUUUUAGUGUUUGUGGCCAAGGGUGUGUCUGUUUUUGUGCUGUGUACAAUUAUAUGUUCUAACAUGAGUGAGAAUGUUCCUUCAGUGCGCGUGAGUGUGUGUUCUCGCGCCCCAUGUCAUGAAGGCUGAGUGAUGAACGAGUAGCAGGCCCUACCAUUUAUCUCUCCAUGCCCCACCCUCUCCUCUCCUUCUGUUCUCUAUCUCCUCCCUGAUGGAUCGCGUUGCUACUACUUCCCCUCCUCUCAUCCCUCUUUCCCUCCUCUCCUCAUCCCUCUUUCCCUCCUCAUCCCUCUUUCCCUCCUCAUCCCUCUUCCCUCCUCCCCUCCUCCCUCUUCCCUCCUCCCCUCCAUCCCUCUUCCCUCCAUCCCUCUUUCCCUCCUCCCCUCCAUCCCUCCUCCCUCUCCCUCCCCCUCCAUCCUCCCCUCCUCCCUCCUCCCCUCCAUCCCUCCUCCCCUCCAUCCCUCCUCCCCUCCAUCCCUCCUCCCCUCAUCCCUCUUUCCCUCCUCCCCUCCAUCCCUCUUUCCCUCCUCCCCUCCUCCCUCCUCCCCUCAUCCCUCUUUCCCUCCUCCCCUCCACUCCCUCUUUCCCUCUUCCCCUCCAUCCCUCUUUCCUUCCCAGUCCUCAUACCUCAUCAACUCCUCAUCCUUCUACUGCCCUCACACCUUUCCUCCCCUCCUGCCUCUCCAUCCACACUCAGACAUCUCUCCCAUGCUCCCACCCUCUCCUCCUCUCCUUCUUUCUCCUACUCCUCCCUAUGGAUCGCGUUUCGCUCUCCUUCCUUCCCUCCUCCCCUCCAUCCCUCUUUCCCUCCUCCUCUCCUCCUCAUCCCUCUUUCCCUCCUCAUCCCUCUUUCCCUCCUCCCCUCCAUCCCUCUUUCCCUCCUCCCCUCCAUCCCUCUUUCCCCCUCCCCUCCAUCCCUCUUUCCCCCUCCCCUCCAUCCCUCUUUCCCCCUCCCCUCAUCCCUCUUUCCCUCCUCCCCUCCAUCCCUCCUCCCCUCCAUCCCUCCAUCCCUCAUCCCUCUUUCCCUCCUCCCCUUCAUCCCUCCUCCCCUCCAUCCCUCCUCCCCUCCAUCCCCUCUUUCCCUCCUCCCCUUCAUCCCUCCUCCCCUCCUCCCCUCCAUCCCUCCUCCCCUCAUCCCUCUUUCCCUCCUCCCCUCCAUCCCUCUUUCCCUCUUUCCCUCCAGCCCCACUGUCCGUUCCCAGUCUCUAUACAUCAGAGAGACUCAUCUCUACAUGUCAACACAUUUCCCCCCUGCUACAGCCAACCAGACAUGAGUUCAAAUAGUAAUUUUCUUUCAAAAACUUCAGCUUCGCUUGAUUGAGCUUGCCUGGUGCUCUUCAGACACGCUUAAUCAAAUUGUCAAAACAUUUCUCUUUACACAGACUCUACACUUUCAGUUCGUUUAGCUGGUGCCUCAUUAUGUUCAUGUUAACAUUUAAGCUAGUUUUAUUUGGCCCUUGGGAUUAUUUGGAGAGCUGUAUCAGUAAACAUUGUGAUUAAUCUCAAAUGGCAAGAAGUAACAUCCAAUGUUGCUGAGGUCUAGAAUCUAACACAAAGCAGAAUUCUCUCUCUCUAUAUACUUCUCCUAAUAAAGAUCUGUAUUUGAAGUCUGCCCAUUUGGCACUCAGAGCUUUUCCUAUCUCUGAGCAAACUGUCAGAAAAGCCACAACACCUGGACUUGUCCAAUAACAAACCCUCAUUUUCUAUUGCAAAAUUCUGCUGCGUCACCUAAUAAACACAACCCCGGUUUUCAGCCUGUCAGAGAGAUGAGGGAGUUGUGCAGGCAUUGGGUUGACUGCUGCCGCUGUAUAGCUAGAUGUAGAACACUGCAUAUUAAUGAUCUGCUUGGGGAAGUGUGGGUAAUAUUAACACGCACAAUGUGUUUAAUGUUGGGAACUAUAAACUGGGUGGUUUGAGCCCUGAAUGCUGAUUUGGCUGACAGCUGUGGUAUAUGAAAGGGUAAUCAACGAGGGGCUAUGAGUUCUAUGGAAAAUAAUGAACGACGUAGGUGUGUUCCACGACGCGCUAGCAUUAUUUUCCAGAGAACGCAUAGAGCCCCAAGUUGAUUAUCCCUUUUAUACCAUGGCUAUAAUUGAACACAUUUGCCACUAGCAGUUUGUUAAUUUGCCAGUACAAAUGUGUUCAACAUCCACUGAAGUUGCUAUCAAGUUUACUAGAUGGCUACAGUAGUUGCCAUGGUAACCAAACAACCAGACUUGCUAGUUUAGCUAACCAAGCCAUCAGUCCUGGCUUGCUAUUAUGAAAAUCCAAUUCAAAUAAUGUUUUCAAUUUGACUUUUGCUUUCAAAAGAAGCUCAAGCAUAGAACAUGUAAGAAUAAACUAAAAUUAUUGAAUUCUACCGUGCAAAUAUACAGUGCGUUAUAGGGAAAUAAUGCACACUCUAAUGACGUUCAAGCCAAUCAGAAACAAGUAUUCAACAAUGCCAUGGUAUAACAGACCAUAUACCACGGGUAUGACAUGUAUUUUUACUGCUCUAAUUACGUUGAUAACCAGUUUAUAAUAGCAAUAAGGCACCUCGGGGGUUUGUGGUAUAUGGCCAAUAUACCACGGCUAAGGGCUGUAUCCAGGCACUCCGCGUUGCGUCGUGCAUUAGAACAGCCCUUAACUGUGGUAUAUUGGCCAUAUACCACACCCCCUCGGGCCUAAUUGCUUAAUUAUAACGUGUGUAUACAUUUUUACAUUUACAUUUUAGUCAUUUAGCAGACGCUCUUAUCCAGAGCGACUUACAGGAGCAAUUAGGGUUAAGUGCCUUGCUCAAGGGCACAUCGACAGAUUUUUCACCUAGUCGGCUCGGGGAUUAGAACCAGCGACCUUUCGGUUACUGGCACAACGCUCUUAACCACUAAGCUACCUGCCGCCCUAUACAUGGUAUACAUGGUAUUCAACAGCAAGGCAAAACCUCACAUCUGAGUUAAGACAAUUGCAUGAGACAUUUUAAAGAGGAACACAGAGAUGCCGCCAACAAUCCAACUGUAGGUCUCUCCUGAGCAGCAGCAAAAUUAUAAUCACAAAGAUUUUGAUUUGGGUAGACAUGAUGAGAGAUCACCGCCAAUUACGGCCAAAUAGAUAUAGCCUCAUGCUUAAUUGAGAUUAUCUUAUCCAAUUGCAUUACUCAGGGAACAACCCAUGUCUUAAUUUAGCAUGGGAAUGCUAAUUACACUUGAUGAGAGCAACAAAAAUAGAUUUCCACUGCUAAUUGGUCAUGCACACAUCUCUGAAUGCAUCUGCAUGAGCAUGGACAAGAGCCUCUGAGACACUCUUCUCUUUCUUUCUCUCUCUCUCUCCAGGUAUCUGCAGGAAGAACAGUCAACCACAACCAGAAGUAGAGUCGGAGGCAGAACCAGAGGUAGAGGGAGCGGCAGAUACAGAACUACAGGAAGAGGCAGAGGCACCACCAGAGACAUUGGUAGUGGCAGAACCAGAGACGGAGAUACCACCAGAAACAUUGGUAGAGACAGAACUAGAGGCUGAGGCAGUGGUGGCUGAACCAGCGACUGAGGUAGAGGAGGUGGUGAAAGCUGAUGCUGAGGUAGAGGUGGUGGCGAAAGCUGAUGCUGAG